GGGAUUUCAUUUUCAUGUAAAUAAACUCACUCUCACAAGAAAGGUUUUGCACUUUGCCUCGUUUUGAAAGUGAGAGUUAUAAGAAGUCAGAAAUGGUCUUGUGGAAACAAUAGUUUUGCAAAACUUCACAGGUGGUAAACAAAAAACGGUGAAUUGUAACCUUACUCUUUUCUUUUUGUCUUGUUUUCUUGUAGCUUAUCAAGCACUGGGAAGGCUUCCUGCCCGAGGCUAAAGCCAUUGCAUAGAUGUUUGAUUUAAAUAAUUAAUUUUCCAAUUUUACAAAGAGUAGUAUAGUACGUCUCAUGUAUAGAAGAAUAAAUUCACCGUAACUGCAAAGCGACAAAAUUCCAUAAUGAUUUCUUCUCCAUUGCGUUCACUUUAGUCACAACCCUCUCUGUUAAGCAGAUGAUUUAAAAUUACUACGAAGGGUCGAAGCUAUUUGUCUUUCAUUUGAGUUAAAGAAAUGUUCAAAGAAAACCAGCAAACUUAGGGUUGACAUUUAAAGCCCCAAUAUUGCUUUUUCUCCAAAAUGAUACCCAUAAAUGUAAUUUUCUUUUAGUAUAAUAAGGAGAAACUGUUUGCCAAUCGAGAUAGUGAUUUCAUCCUUGGAGAUCAAAUCGGUCCUUAUCAUUACCUAUAUGAGUGAUAUGGGCAGAGAUCUUAUGUUACUGCUCGGCUAUAUCAGCUUUAAGGGUCAAAUGUUGUUUUUUCGACUUAAAAAAAAAACUGGACAAACGAACAAACACUUGAAAUAGUCAGUUAUAGUCACUUUAAAGGAUUUCAUCGAUCUGUAAGUUCAAACAAACGAAGGAGUUUGUUUUAACCAUUUCACGUGAUAGAAUUUUGGGAGGGAUCCCUGGAUAACCCCACGGAAUUCGAAAAGCGCUUGAAUAUGUUACCACUCUGUACUCUGUUUGAAUCCUUUCUCUUAUUGUAGAGUGAAUUUAGUUUUGUUAUAAUGAGAAAGAAUGAAUGCCGAUCCAUAAUUUUGCAGUUUAUAUAGCCUUCAUUGAAACAACUCUUUUUUAUAUUAAAUUCGAACUCGAUUUGGAGGGUAAUAGUUCAGGAAGGUUAUCUUAACCUUGAACAUCGAUAAUAAAAGGAACAUUUUAGAAGUUAACGUUGUUUUGUAGUAGAAUGGCAGUUUAUUGCCAGCAGAUUCGAGCAAGAUGAAAUAAAGUUUUGCCUCGUUAGAAGGUCUUUUUGACGGGGACUAGCUUGGCUGUCAGCAAAGACACUGCUUGCUUGACUCACUCGAUGAACUUCAUUUGUUGGGAGUGAAACCUCCUUUUUACUCUAUUGCGUUGAUACAAUUCUCUGCUAAUUCAGUGCUUCACCCAGUUUUAUAUCAGCCAGAAAACCAGCCUGCUUGGUGAAAACUGAUGCUGAAGUAAGUCUUCU